GCUGCUCCAUUAGACCAUGGCAGGCGGGGCGUGUUCAUCUCUCUCUCUCUCUGUCUCUCUCACGAAGUCUUCUCCUUUUGCAGGCCCAACACCACAUGUCACCUGCUGCCAUUUCCGACCCCAAAUGGCUGCGCUCAUCCUCCGGCCGCUUCCUCAGGCUUGGAGCAACUUCGAAGCGUUUCCCCGCAACCGACUCGCGAAGGGUACUCAAAACAGACGGCAUUCAUCUCGAAAGCGAUCCGCAUCGGCCCUGGUUGCGUCGGCAUCGACGACAGGGGCUACCGGAAUGGCGGAUGGCACAAAUCGCAAUGGGAGAGAUGGGCCAUCAUCUACAGCAGAGGUUGGAACCAUUGAUGACAUUAAAGCCGCUCUUUACCAGGCAUUGACCGGCAUUGACAGAGGGAUCUUUGGAGCCACAUCUUCGAAGAAAUCAGAGAUUGCUGGGUUUGUGGAACUGCUGGAGUCCCGAAACCCCACGCCAUAUCCUACCGACCAUCUACGAGAUAAGGUGGAUGGAUGCUGGAAGCUUGUUUACAGCACAAUUUCAAUAUUAGGUUCCACAAGAACAAAGCUUGGUUUGCGUGGCUUCAUCAGCCUUGGGGACUUCUUCCAAAUAAUCAAUGUUGCAAAGGAGGAGGCAACAAAUGUGAUUAAGUUCAACUUGAGGGGACUACAACUACUAUCAGGGCAGCUGACGAUCGAGGCUUCCUAUAGGAUUGCAUCCAAAACUAGAGUAGACAUCAAACUUGAGAGAUCGAACAUCACUCCGGAUCAGUUGAUGAAGAUCUUCGAGAAGAAUUUGGACCUCCUCCUUGCCAUUUUCAAUCCACAAGGUUGGCUUGAAAUAACAUAUGUGGAUGAGUCAAUGCGGAUAGGAAGGGAUGAUAAAGGCAACAUUUUUGUCUUGGAAAGAAAUGAUGAUAUAGAAGUGUAAUGUGAGCACGUUAAUCCUUAUCUGUUCUACAUCUAUAAUGCUGUUUUGUUCUACAUCAAGAAUCGGAAGAGAUGUCUCCCAUUGAGAAAUCUUUUUGGAAUAAAGAGUUAAGUUAAAA